UGAAGGCUUUCCUCACCUUAGCACACUGGACCCUUCACUGUCAUCCAUCCAUUCAACUGUCGGGCUGACUAAUACAGUACAGGCUUGCUGGAGAGGAACAUGGUGAAAAGAAAAGGCACAACCUGUGAAAAGUUAACAAAACAACUCAAUUUGUGGUUGGUGGAGAAAAAUAACUUCAAAAACUUGAACAAGCUUCAAAUUUAUGUGGUUAAGACUUUACAGACUGCCUUCAACAAUCGCAACAGCAAAGCUGCCCUCUCAUGUGACUGCAUUAUAGUAAGAUGCCAUAAAGUUGGCUAUAAACACCAGUGCAAACAUAAUAAACUCUGAAGCGGAAUAUUAGCUUCAGUCACUCACACCGGAUGACUGUUUGCAUACAGAACUAGCAAUUAGUAUUGUUCUUGCAUUAAUUAUGAACCAAAGCCACAAAUUCCCAGUGUGCAGACAACUGAAGCCUGUUUAUGGUGGCUGACAUAGCAGACGGCUCAGCUGCUCUGGUUUAGUUGCUAGCAACUGUGCUAAUCUUAAUGACUUAACGUCCUCCUCAGUGGAAAAAUACAGAAGGGAAGUGGCAUUACCUCGAACCUUUGUCAGAGCCAAACACUUUCCAGUGAGACAGCACAGUGUGCAGACCAAUCCGACAAUAAUUAGGUCAUAGAGGAGCAAAAAGAAAACCAUAGCUACUUUGUUUCUCACUUUGGCUCAGCCCAUGACAUGUUGUUUGUGUAGAGAUCCUGCAGUGCACACAGCUGAGAGGAAUACUAAACAGUUUUGCUGUUGCUGGAAGCAGCUCCUGGGGGAGGGGACUUUGUGAUGGAGGGGGAAUUCCUCAAAGGAAACAGCCUGGAGGUGUCUGGUCCAGAUAACAGUCUGGUGAAGAAGAAGAUUCAGCUGCUGGACCGUGGCCAGUGGGCGAACAAGUUGGAGUUCCUGCUGGCUGUAGCAGGGACCCUGGUUGGGCUGGGAAACCUGUGGAGGUUCCCUUAUUUGUGCUACAAAAAUGGAGGAGGUGCCUUUCUGAUUCCAUACGUCCUGUUUCUGCUUGCUUGUGGCAUCCCAAUGUUCCUCCUGGAGACAGCCAUGGGACAGUAUACAUCUCAGGGAUGCAUCACUUGCUGGAGGCACUUCUGCCCCUUGUUUGAAGGAAUUGGUUAUGCCACCCAGGUAGUGAUUGCAUACGCCGCUGUGUCGUACAUCGUCAUCCAGGCCUGGGCCUUCUUUUACCUCUUCUCAUCCUUCAGUGCUGAGGUUCCCUGGGCCAGCUGCAGGAACGCCUGGAACACAGAGGCUUGUGUUGAAUUUGAUAAAACAAAUGCAUCGUCUAAUUGGACAGCAGCUGCAAACGCAACCACCCCUGCAACAGAGUUCUGGGAGAGACGAGUACUAGGUAUAUCUCAAGGGAUUGAGCAGAUCGGUACCUUGAGGUGGGACCUGGCCUUGUGUCUCUUACUGGCAUGGAUCCUGUGCUACUUCUGUGUUUGGAAAGGAGUGAGAUCGACUGGAAAGGUAGUUUACUUUACAGCCACUUUUCCCUAUUUGAUGCUGGUGGUUCUGUUGGCUCGUGGACUCACUCUGCCAGGAGCUAUGGAUGGUUUAGCUUUCUACCUGUAUCCUGACCCCACAAGGUUGGUGGACCCUCAAGUUUGGAUGGACGCUGGUGCACAAGUUCUUUUCUCUUUUGGCAUCUGUCAGGGGAGUUUGACGGCUCUGGGCAGCUACAACCAGUUCAACAAUGAUUGUUACAAGGACACAUUUGUUCUGUGUCUGGUGAAUGGUGGCUCCAGUUUUGUGGCAGGGUUUGCAAUCUUUUCGGUUUUGGGCUUCAUGUCUUACGAACAAGGACUGCCGAUAUCUGAAGUGGCUGCUUCUGGACCCGGCCUGGCAUUCAUUGCUUAUCCACGUGCAGUAGCCAUGAUGCCUUUACCUCAGUUAUGGGCUAUCUGUUUCUUCAUCAUGGUCAUCUUGUUGGGUGCAGAUACGCAGUUUGUGAGUCUGGAGUGUCUUAUGACUUCAGUCACGGAUAUGUUCCCAACUGUGUUUCGACGAGCUUACCGCAGAGAGCUGCUGCUGCUUUGUCUCUGCUCUGUUUGCUUCUUUCUCGGUCUCCUUCUCGUCACAGAGGGAGGGUUGUAUUUCCUUCAGCUCUUUGAUCACUAUGUUUGCAGUGGCAACAAUCUCCUCCUUCUUUCAGUGUGUCAGUCGAUAGCAAUUGGGUGGAUUUAUGGCGCCGAUCGGCUGUAUGACAACAUCGAAGACAUGAUUGGUUAUCGUCCAGGGCCUCUGAUGAAGGUUUGCUGGCUUUACAUCACCCCUGCUGUUUGUCUGGGUACCUUCGUCUUUUCAGUGGCGAAAUACAAGCCUCUCAAGUUCAACAAAACCUACAUCUAUCCGACUUGGGCGUACGCUCUGGGAUGGUCCCUCGGACUAUUCUGUGUUCUUCUCGUUCCUCUGUGGAUCAUCUUUAAAGUUACUACCAUGAAAGGGACGCUAUGGCAGAACGUCAAGCAGCUCUGUCGCCCUGAAAACAAGAUGCACAACACAGCAAAGCAACCCGAGCAGUACCCCUUGAAUCCAGAAAACACUCCUACACCUGCUGCCAACGAAUACAAGGGAAGUGGCAGAGCUGAAAUGGAGAUGCAAGUGUGAGAAACUGAGCACUUUUGAUAAUGUUUGAAAUGUGAUUUUUUUUUUUGUUUCUUUUUUUUUUUACUAAUUUCCAGGUUUCGGAAACUAAGCAUUUUUAACAUAUUACGAUGAGCAAUAAAUUCUGAAGCCUUUCAGUUCAGAUCAGGUCUGCAAUCUGCACAAUAAGCAGUCAUGUGUCACCAUCAUAGACCUAUCAUGUAAACACAGUAUUUAGAAAAUACGGUUUAUGAAGUUUGUUAAAGCUGUUUUCAUUCAAAGCAAAUCAUUACAUGCUUCAGUCUUUCACUUUCACAGAGGAUCACAAGACGACAAUUGUAAUUAUCACUGUCCAAUAACAUGCACAGUCACCACUGAUUUUUGGACAACCCCACACCCAUAAAACAAAACAUCUGGGAGUGGCAGCUGAUAAAUUCAUUCAAUGUAGAAUGAUUUAUAUAAAAAGUAAAUGUUGCCUUAAUAUUAUAGUGCCGAUAGAAGGUUGAAAGUUUCCUCCUUGAAAGUUUCCCACAUUUUAUGUUAUUUGAUUUCAACACUAAAUCAUAGUCAAUUUAAUUCACCUUUUUUUUUUUUAUAAGAAUUUACCCCCCAAAAUACUCUUUCAUGUCAAGGUGAAAGCAGAUUCUUAAAUACUAUAUGUCCAUUACUUUGUACAUAUAAAAAUAUAGUUUUUGUGACAAGAAUUUAUUUUAAAGAAAAACUAUUUUGUGUGGAAGAGAAUACAGAUUUCUACAAAGAAAUGUGAAUCUCUUUGCAAAAAUUAAAAAAAAAAUUAAAAACAUAAAAUAACUGAUUUUAUAUGUAUUCACCCCCUCUCAAGCAGCCAGUUGGUGCCAAAAGUCACACAGUUAUUGAAAUGAAGAUCGUCUGAGUGCAGUAAAUCUGUCUGAAGUAAUUGUAGUAUAAAGACUCUUGUAUUUGGAAGGUCCAGUCACUGGUGGAUCCGUUUUUCUCGCUAUAACUACACCAUGAAGACAAAAGAACAUUCCAAGCAACUCUGUGAAAAAGUUAUAUAAAAGCAUAAGUCAGGGGAUGAUGUACAUCCCUCCGAAGUCUUUACUGGAUCCGCAAUCUUCCACUCAGUGUACAUCAAACACAAUAUCAUUAAGACUCAGAGAGCUACUUGCAAGUCUUAAGGAUUUACUGUAAAUUAAGAAAAAAAACAGAAAACUGGGGCCGGCUCAUGAACUCAGGAACUGCUAGCAAUUUGACAAACUAUCUUUUUAUACCCUAAAGUGCUUCCUCUGUCUUGGGGUGUCAUUGUGGAUUUACAACCUCUGCCUGUUUAUCUCUGUUUUAAGGCUUGUCCACCUCAUAAAGAGGCAUUUUUUUCUCACACUGUGGUAGAGCGAUAACCUGACAACCCCUCAUAAGAGGCCAGAGUGGUUUUGCAGUCUUGUCAGCACAGACUGCAGGACUGAUUGAGAUUAAAAUCAGUUCAGCUGAAACUGCUGAUAAAACUUUGAAUAAUACGAAACACCUACGACUCCUCAGAAGGAGUUACAAGCUAUAGUCUCCACUGGGAGCAAAGAGAAGGUCAUUGUUGAAAAAAAUGUAGUUUUUGUAUUGUAGUUUCUCAGACAUUCAUGAUGUGCAGGUGAAGAAGAAAUGUCUGUUGACACUGACUUGCUUGAUAAUAAGUUUAUGACAAAGAAGACCAGAAUCGGUCAGACAGAGACUGCCUGGAAGGAUUCCACCAAUAUGAACCUUCCAACAGUCUGAGUUCACAUAUAUUAGGUUUGCAGUUGAUUGUGAAACCUCAACCUAUGCUCUCUGUCAGCAACAGAGCCCCUCUGAUCAAACAAAAACCCAGUGGUCAAUGCCCGUACAUAAAGGAGCUUCUUCUAAAUCAACAUCACAAUGUCUAAACAUUCUUAAACUUGUAAUGAUUAAUGCAUGACUCAGGUCAGAUACUACACUCAGUAGUCAAAUGAAAUAAGCUUCUUUGUGUUUGGCAGACACCAAACACUCCACACCAUCACAAACACACCAUCCCCACUGGGAAGCAUGGUGGUGGCAGCAUCAUGAUGUGGGAACACUUUUCAGCAGUAGACCCCGGAAGGCUUGUAAAGGUGGAGGGUGAAAUGAAUGUAGAAUAGAGAAAUCCUGGAGGGCAACCUGAUACAGUCUGCAAGAGAACACUGAGUUGGGAGGAAAAAAAUUUCCAGCAACAUCAUACAGCCUGUUCAGUCAUUAUCCCCGUGUAACCGGAUAGAGCUUAAGCAGCUUUGCAAAGAAGCAUACAUUAAAAUUGCAUUAUCCAGAUGCACAAGACUGAGACCUAUUCACACACUUGACGCAGUAGUUGCUGCUGAAGAUGCAUCUACGAAAUAGUAACGUGAAUACUUAUGCAAUCACUUUCUGUAAGUUUCAUAUUUUUUACAUAGUAAUGGACAGUACUUUGGAGAAAUCUGUUUUCCUUUUGACAGUCUUUUUUUUAACUAAAUGCCAUCAAAAAAAGGCCAAAAGAAAUUGAUCUGACUAUGAUUUAAUGUUGAAAAAUAAUAAAAAGGGGAAACUGCUAAUAGGAGUGGAUACUUUUUAUAGACACUAUCUGUCAGCUAUCAGCAUUCCAUGUUAUAUGUUGUUUUUAUUGUUACAUUUAUUUAUGUGCAUCAGUUUUUAUAUUCACAGAUGAUGUGCUGUAAUGUAGUGGGCACCAUAAGCAUGAGAGAACAAAGAAACUGAUUAUUUCCUCAUUUUUUUCUUUGCUGUAUCAGCUGGAUCCCAGCCCAUCACAUCUCACUGAGUAAUGUGAUUUUUGCACAGGUUUAUAUACCUGCAGUUUGUUAAAUGGACCAAAGUCGCUUAACACAAUACAACAACAAUACAUACUUAAUGCCAGUCACACUGUUCUCACAUGGUAUCACCAAGUCAAUAUCCAUCAAAUCACCAAUUAAGACUAAUUUCAGGAAUCAAGGGUCCAGAAAUAAAAGCCCUACUUAUUUCCUUCACAUAAAGUGUUAGCUGUCUUUCACAGUGUUGGGCAGUAACGUCACUACAAAUAGCGUAGUAAUUUAACUACAUUUUUCUGUAACGACAUGAUAGCGUCGUUGUUUACAAAAUCAAAAAACGUUUCAACAGCUUAGCUGAUCUUUUGGUCAUGUAGCGCGGUAGCGAACGCAAAAAGCUACAUUAAACAUUUUAAAAUGAUUAAUGUUGAACUGCUUGAAGCGGAGCUUUCUGCUCUGCUGCAGUGUCAUCUCCAAACGCCGACAUGUCUGUGUCGACCAAUAGAAGCGGAGGAACUGUUGAUAUCGUCAUUCAACAAUCCCUUCCUGCGACUUCACUGGAUCCACACACACACAGACGCUCGCUUCAGUUCGCUGAGAGAUGGCAGAGAAAGAGGGAGAAGACGAGGAGCAACCGAAGGAGUCAGAGUCACCGUGUCCCUACCUCAAUAGCUAUACGAGUUUUUGUGAAAAAACGGAGAAAAGUUAUGUUUUCAGAUGCCUACUGUGCCCGCCCAAGGCGAAGUUUCUGUCAACUUCAAAGACGUCAAAUACAAAUAUGAGAACUCGUAUACAGGUGACUACCGAAUAUGCACAACCAGCAGCAAUUAGCUAACCACCACAUGUCAACCGCAGUAUAAGAUGCACGCACAAACGAGCUACUUUCCAACAUCUAAAAUUCGCGUGGCAGUAAAUUAAUUAAAUUACCCGUUGUGGUGGCAGUGUGUGAAUGUGUAUAAAUUGGGGGAUUAAAUAAUUAAACUGAUACAUAUAGGAGGGAAGAGGUAUGGGAGAAAACUUCAUUAUUAGUCCCUGAAUUUUUUUUGGUAAUUAAGUCGGUUCAGUGUGGAGAAAAAAAGUAACUUGAAUGUAUUAAGCUACUUUGGUCAUAUUGCUGUAGCUUAGCUUGCUGUAGCUUCAGUGUAGUAAAGCUUGAUUUAACACAGAGUAGCUGGUAGCUUAGCUCAUUAUAGUUUCCAAGUAGCUUGCCCAACACUGGUCUUUCAGCUGAGACACAAAUGCAAAAAGCCUAAUGUAACAAGAGAACUUCUAAUGAGAAGUCCACUAUAACUCCCAGGGAAUGUUUCACUUGGAAUACACAAUACUGAGUUUCCAUUUGGAGUAGUUUUGUCCAUGCUAGCAGUUCUGAUUUGGCUAUACCAAACAGAAAUAUUCAUAGAUGGUAGUCAUAGCCCUAUAAUAUCAAUAAAAGAUCCUGUGUUUAGGCCCAUUCAUCUCACACUCUUACAUUUGUGUGCCUUCACCAACCAGUCAAGUUGCAGUUUACUUCCACAUCUGUCCAGACUCAUAUAUUAUAUGCAGCGACUUGAAAAACUGAGUCCUGGUAUGUAUUUGCAUACUUGGCCAAAUAAGCUGAUUCUGAUAGAAUACAAAGCUGUAGCCAUGACAGUAGACAAUGUUUCAGAUAUGGAUGUUGCUGAAAGGAAGCUACAAAUUCUCUGACAUGGAUGCUUCACACACAUCUUAAAUCACUUUAGAAGUUUUAUACAGCCACCACAUUUUUAAGCUGAGUGCCACAAAUCAGCAUCUGACCAAAUGUAAAAUAUGGCUACAGAAGGGGUUCUGAGUUAAGUACUGGACAGAAAAGUGUUCUUACAGAAAAACAUGUCACAGUGAAGUUGACCUUUCAGAUAUAAAAUCACUUUAUCGCUGUAUCUUAUUGAAUGUUUGUGUGAAUUUUCUGUCACGCUUCAGAAAAGAGUUCUUGAGUUAUGGAAUAACAGAUGUGUUUUGUGAGGUUACAGUGACCUUUAACCUUUGACCACUACAACUUAAUAACUUCAUUGUUGAGUCCAGGUGAACUUUUGUGCCAAUUUUUAAAAGAAAUUCCCUCAAGGUGUUAUAGAUGUACUGUGUCCACAAGAAUGAGGAGGAUGGAAAAAAACACAAAGAGCUGCAGGGAGACUGCAGCUAUGCCCACAGAAAAUGUUUGAUACAGAAUAUAUUAUAUAUAACAGUAGAUAUUUCAGUGUCAUACACGCACAAUGUUUGGGAGUGGACUAUGACUUUUACUGACUUUACUUUUCACUGUUUUUGUUUAUUGAUGUUGUAAAGAUCCAUAACUGCUGAUUCCUGGAAAAUUAAUGUUGAUCUCCAAUGUCAAAGUGAGAGUGAUUUAAGUAAUAAUACUCGCAGAUAUGUGUUGUAAGAAAUUAAGACUGAAAUGUUGUAACCAUGCUGCACAUGAAGCACCAAUCAUUUAAUAACACUUAAUACUUACUAUACUUGCAAGUUGUCUUCCAAGGAGAGGUGACAUCUCUGUAGCACCUGGAAAAUCACAAAGAAUCGCAAAACAUAUGCACUUUGUCACACACUUAAUGUUGACUUUGUAUUAGCAUUGUACAAAACUUUUAUCAAAUUAUAUAUAUAGGCUCUGGGAGAUCAAUAAAUGUUGUUUCAGACUGUG